GAUGGUCUCCCGUUUAGAAAGCUAGUCCAGCUCCCCCCCGCACAAAUCCGCCCACCCACCGGCGAUCAGCCGAGCCGAUCAAAACCCCCGCACCUCAGAUCUGACGCCGGAGAAGCCCAGAUCCGCCGGGGGGGGGGGGGCGCGAUGGAGUGGGCGACGGUGCAGCACCUGGAUCUCCGCCACGCCGGCGGCCGCCGCGGGGCCACCGCCCGCCCGCUGCAGCCGCACGCCGCCGCCUUCCGCGCCUCGCAGGCCAUCGUCGCCGUCGCCAUCGGCACGCACGUCGUCGAAUUUGAUGCUUUGACUGGAAGCAAGAUAGCUUCAAUUGACCUUGGAGCUCGUGUUGUUCGUAUGGCAUAUAGCCCUACUGCCAGUCACAUUGUCAUUGCUAUUCUUGAGGAUGCUACAAUCAGAUCCUGUGAUUUCGCCACGGAGCAGACGCUUGUGCUGCACUCACCAGAGAAAAAAACAGACCAUGUUUCAAUAGACACAGAAGUUCAUCUUGCAUUGACACCGCUUGAGCCUAUUGUCUUUUUCGGUUUUCACAAAAGAAUGAGUGUGACAGUUGUUGGAACUGUUGAAGGAGGUAGGCCACCAACAAAAAUAAAGACUGAUCUUAAAAAACCUGUUGUUAACCUGGCUUGCCAUCCUCGGCUUCCCGUCCUGUAUGUAGCUUAUGCUGAAGGCUUGAUUCGCGCAUAUAACAUCCAGACAUAUGUUGUUCACUACACCUUACAACUUGCCGUUGACAGUACAAUUAAGCUUGUGGGGGCGGGUGCUUUUGGAUUUCAUCCGACCCUAGAGUGGAUAUUUAUUGGUGAUAGAGGUGGCACUCUCUUGGCGUGGGAUGUAUCAACUGAGAGACCAAGUAUGAUUGGGAUUACUCAGGCUGGUUCCCAGCCUAUCACAUCUGUUUCCUGGCUUCCUACAUUACGAUUGCUUGUUACAAUUUCAAAGGAUGGAGCACUUCAAGUAUGGAAGACACGAGUUAUAAUUAAUCCUAACAGACAACCUAUGGAAACUCAUUUCUUUGAGCAUGCAGCUAUUGAAACAAUGGAUAUCACAAAGAUACUCACUCUUCAAGGUGGAGAAGCAGUGUACCCUUUACCUCGAAUAAAAAACUUGGCACUGCACCCCAAGUUUAAUUUGGCUGCAGUAAUUUUUGCAGAUAUGUCUGGAACAGAAGCGGCAAAGAACAAGGCUGCAUACACAAGAGAAGGGAGGAGACAGCUUUUUGCUGUCCUUCAGGGAGCCAGGGGAUCCACUGCUGCUGUUCUGAAGGAGAAACUUUUAGCCCUGGGUUCAUCUGGAAUUUUAGCUGAGCACCAACUCCAGGCGCAGCUGCAAGAGCAGCACUUGAAGGGCCAGAGUCAGCUAACAAUCUCUGACAUUGCAAGGAAGGCUUUUCUGCACAGUCAUUUCAUGGAGGGACAUGCUAAAAGUGGUCCAAUCUCACGUUUACCACUCAUUACAAUUUCUGAGUCUGGUAACCUUUUGCGAGAUGUUCCGGUUUGUCAGCCAUUCCACCUGGAGCUGAAUUUUUUCAACCAAGAGAACCGUGUGGUUCAAUAUCCAGUUAGAGCUUUCUAUCUGGAUGGAUUUAACCUGAUGGCCCAUAACCUAUCAUCAGGAGCUGAUAAUCUCUAUAAGAAACUUUACUCUACGAUACCUUCAAAUAUGGAAUGUCACCCCAAGAAUAUUGCAUACAGUCCUAAACAGCAUAUGUUUCUUGUCGUGUUUGAAUUGAGUGGGCCAAAUGGACUAGCGCAUGAAGUUGUUCUUUACUGGGAGCAGACUGAUCUACAGACAGUGAACAGCAAAGGAAGUUCAAUAAAAGGUCGAGAUGCUGCAUUUCUGGGCCCGGAUGAUAAUCAAUAUGCUAUCCUGGAGGAAGAUAGAGCUAGCUUGAACCUUUUUAAUCUCAAAGCAGUAGCCACAAAGGAAGCUCUUGAAAAUAAUGCUGCAGUGCUCGAAGAAAACACGUUUGCUGAUAAAGCUGCCACUCCAACUGAACGCCAGGGUCCUCUGCAAUUUACUUUUGAAUCAGAGGUUGAUCGCAUAUUUUCUGCUCCACUAGAAUCUUCCUUGUUGUAUGUGAUUUCUGGAAAACAUAUUGGAUUGGCAAAGCUCCUACAGGGAUAUAGGCUAUCUACAGAUAACGGGCUAUCCAUCACCACAAAAACUGAUGGAAAGAAAUUUAUCAAGUUGAAACCAAACGAGUCCGUCCUUCAGGUUCACUGGCAAACAACUCUAAGAGGUCCUGUCGUAGGGAUAUUGACAACCCAGAGGGUAAUGAUAGCCUCUGCUGAUCUUGACAUACUUUCAAGCAGCUCAACAAAAUAUGAUCGGGGUCUUCCAUCAUAUCGCUCAAUGUUGUGGGUUGGACCAGCGCUUAUCUUCUCUAGUGCAACCGCGAUAAGUAUGCUUGGAUGGGACAACAAAGUUAGAUCUAUCCUAUCUACUAGCUUCCCUCGUUCUGUAUUGCUUGGUGCCUUGAACGACCGCCUGUUGCUUGUAAUUCCGACAGAUAUAAAUCCAAGACAGAAAAAGGGAGUGGAAAUAAGGAGCUGUCUGGUAGGGCUUCUUGAACCUCUUCUUAUUGGAUUUGCUACGAUGCAGCAAUACUUUGAGCAAAAACUUGAUCUUUCAGAGGUGCUAUAUCAGAUAACCUCAAGGUUUGAUAGUUUACGUGUUACUCCAAGGUCACUGGACAUAUUAACUAAAGGACCCCCUGUUUGUGGUGAUCUUGCUGUAUCACUAUCUCAAGCAGGACCUCAGUUUACCCAAAUCAUGCGGUGCAAUUAUGCAAUCAAAGCUCUCCGGUUCUCUACUGCUCUUUCGAUAUUGAAAGAUGAGUUCCUGCGCUCUAGAGAUUAUCCUCAAUGCCCUCCAACUUCUCACCUGUUCCAGCGGUUCCGAGAGUUGGGAUAUGCAUGUAUAAAGUAUGGUCAAUUUGACAGCGCAAAGGAAACAUUUGAGGUUAUUUCAGAUCAUGAGAGCAUGCUUGAUCUGUUUAUAUGCCACCUAAAUCCUAGUGCAUUGCGACGCCUUUCACAGAAACUGGAAGAGUCUGCUACAGAUUCUGAGUUGAGGCGUUACCUUGAGAGAAUAUUAAGAGUUCGUUCAACUGGAUGGACACAAGGUGUCUUUGCAAAUUUUGCUGCUGAAAGUAUGGUGCCUAAAGGUCCGGAAUGGGCAGGAGGAAACUGGGAAAUCAAAACUCCUACGAGCAUGAAGAGCAUACCUCAGUGGGAGCUUGCAGGAGAGGUCAUGCCCUACAUGAAGACUACCGAUGCUGGUAUUCCAUCUGUCAUUGCAGAUCAUAUUGGUGUUUACUUGGGUGUGAUGAAAGGCCGAGGUAAUGUAGUGGAAGUAAGUGAAAGGAGUUUGGUUAAAGCUAUUGCAGCAGCCAGUAGUGAUAAUGCAAACACAGCAUCUUCUGAAUCAGCACAGAAGAACGUGGCAAAUGCUGGGGGUGAUUCAGUUGGUGAUACUCUAGCCAGACAGCUAGGGGUCCAAAUUGCUUCUGCAGAUGAACAGGCAAAAGCAGCAGAGGAGUUCAAAAAGACUCUAUAUGGUGUUGUUGAUGGUGGAAGUAGUGAUGAAGACGAGUCAACAUCAAAGACUAAAAAGAUACACAUCAGGAUACGUGAUAAGCCUGCUGGAUCUACUGUUGAUGUAAACAAACUGAAAGAAGCAACUAAACAGCUAGGUUUAGUUGCUCCAAUUACUAGAACAAGAUCGUUAUCAGGGACACAAGAAUUUAACCAGGCUCCUAUGCAGCUGCCAACCUCUGGUCCAGCAAUGCCAAAUUCUGCAAUUGAUCUAUUUGGUACCAAUGCUUUAGUAGAACCACAAGCCCCCAGUGGAGCCACAGGCCCUAUAAUUGGUGGCAUGGGAGUCACAGCUGGACCUAUUCCUGAGGAUUUCUUCCAGAAUACUAUUCCAUCUCAGCAGCUUGCAGCUCAACUACCCCCACCUGGAAUAAUUUUGUCGCGGAUUGCUCAACCUGCUCCUGGAACAAAUGCAGUCCGGCCUGUUCAUAAUCAAAACAUGAUGACUAAUGUUGGUCUUCCAGAUGGUGGGGUUCCACCACAGGCACUGCCGCAACAGGCACAGUUUCCUCAGCAACCAGGCAUGCCUAUGCAAUCUAUUGGUCUACCAGAUGGUGGCAUUCCCCCACAGAGCCAACCUCUUCCUUCACAACCACAGGCUCUUCCUCAGCCACACGGCUUUCAACCUUCUGUUCCUGCCAUGUCACAACCAAUUGAUCUUAGCACUCUUGAAGGUCCAGGACAGGGAAAGCAAGCUCCUCGCCCCCCAGCACCUACUGCUGUGCGGCCUGGACAGGUUCCACGUGGUGCUCCUGCAGCAGAGUGCUACAAGAUGGGUCUUGCUCAUCUUGAGCAGAAUCAGCUUACGGAUGCUUUAUCUUGCUUGGAUGAAGCAUUCUUGGCCCUUGCAAAGGACCAGUCACGUGAAGCUGAUAUCAAAGCGCAGGCCACUAUAUGUGCACAGUAUAAGAUUGCAGUUGCUUUGCUACAGGAAAUUGCUCGCUUGCAAAGGGUUCAAGGAGCUGGCACACUCAGUGCGAAGGAGGAAAUGGCCAGGCUAUCUCGCCACCUUGCUUCCUUACCCAUACAAGCUAAGCACCGGAUUAACUGCAUCAGAACUGCCAUCAAGCGAAACAUGGAGGUCCAAAACUUUGCCUAUGCCAAGCAAAUGCUCGAUCUCCUCUAUUCCAAGGCACCACCAUCGAAGCAGGAUGAGCUCAAGAGCCUGAUCGACAUGUGUGUCCAGAGGGGGCUGACCAACAAAUCUAUUGACCCAUUCGAAGACCCCUCUCAGUUUUGCGCCGUCACCCUCAGCCGCCUCUCAACCAUUGGUCAUGAUGUCUGUGAUCUCUGUGGUGCCAAAUUCUCUGCGCUUUCUGCACCAGGGUGCGUCAUAUGUGGCAUGGGGAGCAUCAAGAGAUCUGACGCACUUGCUGGACCUGUGCCUUCCCCGUUCGGCUAAAUGGUUCGUGCUCCCUACUGUCCCAACGUUUUUCUGAUUUUUGUAUCUAUAGUGUGCAGUUAACAUUCCCCAUUUCAUUGUUGUAGUUGUUGUAGUGUUGGAGAUGUAGUACGUAUUUUGAAUUUGGAUGAGCUGUAACCACCCUUUUGAUCGUGAUGCGAUUUAUACGGACGGAUUUUCUAGCAUUGUAAUUAGGUUCGACAUUUAUAUAUUUCCCAUUGACAUUGCAUUUUUGAGUUCACAUGGUUAUGGUUUGUGAUGUAUAA